GUAACAAACAGAGACAGAUAUCGAGUGAGUGAUGUGCGAUAAGUCGGAAUCAUUAUUCGAGAUACAACUUUCUUAUUAGUCGUUUUAAUGCGGUAUUGAUGAUUUCCAUUUAAGGAGAUCGCUCUCCUACUAACGUAGUUGUACAUGCAAUUGUACAUAUAUCAUACUAUACAAUAAUAUCCGUACCUAAAUACAUUUAAUAUAAGUGAUAAGUGUGAGUGUGUGUAGGAUCAUUGGGUGGGUAUGUUGAGCAAUGAAAAAAGAACCUAGUAGUUGGUCAUAUAAAAAAAUAAUACAAAGAUUCGGUAAAACUUUAUUGAUAAUUGAACUAUCAUUACUCGGUGGCUCGUAUGCGCUUUGGCACAAAACCAACACCUCCCCAGAGUUCCGCUGGUACUUGCAUCGUAACUACCCGUCAGUGCUUGAAGGUUACUACAAGAUUGGAGAAAAAAUCUCUGAAAAAAAUCGCAUUAUUCGGGAGACAGACUUAAUGACUUGGGGAAGAAUUCCACCUAAGUCUGCAUGAUCUUUAGUUUUGCUUAAUGGCUUUCGUAAAAGUUAUAUUAGCAGCUAUUGGAGGGACUGGAGUUGGAUUCUUUUUAUUGAAACUUAUUACUCCUGAUGAUAGAGAUUUUGAAAAGAAAUUUCCUAAACCUACAAUCGAAGUUUACCGCCCUUUUUUGCGUAAGUCAUCAAAAACCCAAAACGAAUUAUCAAAUUCUAUGUCAACUAAUUCAGAAACCUUAAAAAGAGAGUUGUCUGGAAAAUAACAUUCGGCAAUGGAGACCACAGAAGGGACAGAGCUUGGAGGCGUAGGAAAUCUCACUGAUCGCAUAUCGAAGCGUGACCGUGAACGUAGAAACGUAAUCGAGCGUCGCCGAGAAGAAAAACAGCAGCUAGAAGUUGAGUCAGAGCAGCUGAGCUUCUUCCAAGACACAUUUCACCUUCAUUGCGAAAAAGUAAAAGAGCUGAUGGACACAGCGCCAGCAGCGCAGAUUUCCACGCUUCCAGGGAUCUUCGACAAAGUCAACAAAGAAAUUCUGACCCUCUGGAAUUACCUGUCCCAGUCAAAGAUAUUCCUAAAAAUGUAUGACAUCCGUCGUGCUCAGGAAACUCUCCAGCAAUUGGAGACCGAAGCCGCUGAGCUGGAGCUAAAAUUGCUGCCCAAGAAGAAGUUUGGAUUCAAGAAUCGCAGACCAGCCAAAAAACCCUCGGAAAAAUCUCUGGACGUGACAGACGGGUUGAAGAAUCUCAAUUUGUCUGAAACGGUGACCACUAAUGGAGCAACCAAGCAGCACAAUGAACUCAUCAGCAAGUACACCGACAGUGCAAGCAGUUUAAUUGGCAAGUCUGACGGGACAUUUACGUUAGACGCCGAAAAUGUAAACAAGAAUGACGUUCUGUUGUCCGACUUGACCCGAUGUAUUGUGCGUAUUUACGGCGCUCCUAGCACAGUACACAUGAUUAAUCUAAAACAAUGCCAAGUACUAAUUGGACCGGUGUCGUCAUCUGUAUUCGCUAACAAUUGUGAUUCAUGUACCUUUGCAUUUGCAUGCCAGCAAUUACGUUUGCACUCGUCAACAGACUGCACCAUCUAUCUCCACGUGACUAGCCGGGCUAUUAUUGAGGACUGCGUUAAGAUAAAAGUCGCGCCGUAUAACUGGAGCUACGAAGACCAGCAAAGUCACUUUAUUCUAUCUGGACUGGAUAUUAAAACCAACAACUGGGACUCCGUAGACGACUUCAACUGGCUUUCCUACGAGAAACACUCGCCCAACUGGGCGAUUUUGAAGCCAGAGCUCAGGGUCAAAUUUCGGGAUUGAAUAUCAUUUUGAUUCUUUUUUUACUUUACUUAUUACAUUAUAUUAUACAUAUUUUUGUCGGUUAUCUGAGUACACCGAUAUGUUGGCUGAUUAAAUCUUAGAUAUUUUAUUUGAAUAUAUAUAUUUGUCUAAGACAUAGUAUCUAAUAUUUUAAUCAUGUCAAAUUAUUAAGUAAUAAUAAACACGUGUAUUUUCGCUUUUACACAAUUAAUAAAUGCACGUUAUCUUUA